AGGACCUUUCUGAAAUGAACUAGAGAAACAAAAACUUUGUUCAUCGGACAGUACAGGGCGCGAUUAGUUAAGGACAAACACUGUGUUUCUCUAGCCCUAUGAUAUCUUCUGAACUUCAGAUGACGAUAUGAAAGUAACACCACGCGUAUUUCCGUCAAAAUGAGCACGCUUUCCUUAGUUGCGCUUAUAGUUGUAGCUUUGGCAGCAUUUCCCAACCGCUGCAUCUGGAAAAGUAGAAGUGGGUAUGGCGUUUUGGUUUCAGGCCAAGUCGCAAUCGCUGCAUCGGCCUGCCAACCUUUGCGAUGGAACCCUUCGGCCGCUAGCUCUUGCACCGUGUUCGACGACAUGUGUGUGGAUCAUGGCUCUAUGUUGAUUACGCACGAACAUCGCUAUCAAAUAGAAAAUGUAAGACGGCAAGAUACACCAGGCUUACCAGCCAUGAAAUGGAACUUACCAAUGCGCGUCAACAGCUAUCCUGACGCGUUGGGAGGCUGGCAGCCAGACUUCCAAGUUAUGAUCCGACCAGUUAGCAAGGUGGAGCCAACGCCACCCUUAAGGCACCCGAACUGGUCAAAUUGUACCCUGCCGGUGAUUAUCAUGGGCGACUUCUUGUACAACUACAAAACGUUCGUGACCAAAGUCUUGACGGACGUGGACAGCAUGUUCCGCAUUAAAGGCUUGGCGCCGGACUACGACGCCACGCUUGUCCUGGCCACCCCCAGCGGUCUCGCCCUCGAGCCGUACCAUGCCGCACUGCUCUCGCCGUACAGUCGCAGGCCACUCAUAACCCUCGCGGAGCUGGGUCGACGCGGCCUGGAGGGGCGGCCGGCGCAGUGGGCGACGGAAGGCGUGCGAGUGCACUGCUUUUCCAAGGUGCUCGCAUGCAAGCUGGACCAGCGGGAGAACACCCCGCCCCACCACGCCGCGAACGCCGUCAUCUCGCACCUGGGGGCAGCCGUACCGCCCGACCCCCUGGGUUUCGGAGCGGCAGGAGCCGCAGCAGCAGCAGGAGGGGGCUGGGACGAGAGCGUGCUGCGGGUGGUUGUGGAGGCGCGAUCAGCCCCCUGGCGCAGUUUGAAAAACGUGGAGGAGAUCCUGAGGGCAUGCGAGCAGGCCAAUGCUCAAGGUUUCUCCGCGGGCCCCUUCCGGCGCAUCCUCUGUAAGCCCCUCCCAGCCUCGUACGACAGCGCUCUACCAGCCACCGGCUCCGUCGACCUGUCAGGACCCGCAGCAACCGCUCUGUACGGCGUGCUAGGUGCCGUACGAUCUGCGCAUCUCUUCAUUUCGAUUUCUGGCUCCAGCGGCGCGCAUGCGUUCUUCAUGCAGCAUAGCAGCGGAGAGGCGGGCGCUGGGCAAUCUGGGUCGGGGCUGAUUGAGGUCCGGCCGUGCGGGUGGGGCUCAGCGCAUGCGGGGCGGGCAGAUGGGGCGCCUGAUGCUAUGAUGGGGCAGCUGCAGAGGGGAGACGACGCCAUCCGCUUCUUCGCCUACAAUGUGGAGGACACCGCGCAGUGCUCUCCGCCCGACUUCGAGCCCGCACUUCGAACAGCCGCCGCCAACGGCUCCUCCUCCUCCUCUGCCUCCGCCGCCUCCUACAUCCAGCCGCAGCCCAUCCACACGCUGGAGAACAAGUCGCCCCCGCGCUACUCGCCGGCUGAGCUGCUGGUGCGAGACCAGCACCUAACGCUAAAGCCUGCUCCGCUGCUAGCCAUGGUGC